CCCUUUCGUGCUCUCUCCCGCAUUGAAAGCGAUAACUUUCUCGGGGCUCGCUUGCGACGGUGGCCAUUUCGAAUUGCAUACCGCAAGAGCGCACACCGUUAUGGCUUCUGGUCAUUAUUACAUGCUUCUCGUCCUGUUGGCGGCACCACUGCUUGGCACGUGCCAGCUUCAGUUAAGCGACGGCUGCAAGGUGGAAACCCUGCGAGCUUGUGGAGAAGACUUCAUUCCGUAUUCCAAGGGUCCCUACCUGCACGAGUCUGGGACAGAGUUGGACGAAGGAUGCAAGAGGGACAAGGUGCAGAUUCCGUGCACACUAAAUUUCAUCAAUGAGUGCACGGAAGGGCUCUCCAAGGCUGCAGCACUAGUGGCUGUAAAGGCACUGGAAGAAAACAUUGAGGCUGUCUGCAACGUGGGCUCGGACCCAUACAAAGAAUUUCAGAGAGGAAUCAAGUGCAUGAAUUCUCAUGGAGUUCAAAUUCACAAGUGCAUCAAAGGUUUCCACGAUACUGUAGAACGGGCCAUCAUCAAGGGUUCCGUGAAAGAAACUGUUCACUACACAUGUUGCUCUUACCACGACACGCUGGACUGCAUUUCUAGCGCCCUCGAUCCUUGCGAGAGUGUCGGCUCUAAGGAUUUCAUGAUUGGGGUCAUCGAGCAGAUGUUCGGCGAGACACUCAACCUGGUAUGUGGCAGGUACACGAAGGGUUCGGAUAACUGCAAAUCUCUGCCACAGCUGCCACCACUGGAUGCGAAGGAUCGGCGGAUCGGCAACAUGGUUGAAGUUCUCUUGGAAGCUGCGGGAACUAUUGGGCGAAAAAACUAGCUCAUUACGUGAUACGUGUCAUGGCGCCUUUGUAUCUAUUUGUGACAAGUGGCAUAAUUAAACAGCGUAAUACUUCCGUA